AUUUAUAUGCAGUGGUAUAUACAUGCCUUCUUGCCCCACGUGACCGUUUUGAUGCUGCCGCGGACGACUCCCACGAUUCGGCUCAACGGCGCCUCGGCGACCUGUUUCGUUUCGGAUUCGAAGGUAGAAGAAGACGGAGGAGAUGGAGGAAGAAGAAAUAGUCCCACAUCUCGAAAGGCCAAAAAUGGAAAUCCGGGAGGGAGUACUUACGAGCAUGAAGGAACACAGAGAGUGGCAAACGAGGCAAAGUGGGUCGAGAAAAGAGCAUCUUGCCGGUGGGACGAACCUCGCAAGACUUCUCUAAAAUCUCCACGGCGUCUCUGUCUCUCUCCGAAAACAAUGGAAUCCUAUGAGCCUAAAAGCAUCCUCAUCACCGGAGCGGCUGGUUUCAUCGCAUCCCAUGUUGCGAACAGGCUUAUCCGAAAUCACCCCGAUUACAAAAUUGUGGUCCUGGACAGACUCGACGAUUGCUCCAAUCUUAAAAACCUUUCCCAUUCUGCAUCUUCCCCCAACUACACGUUCGUUAGGGGCGACAUCACCAAUACUCAUCUUCUCCGCUCCCUUCUCAUAUUGGAGUCAAUUGACACCGUAAUGCACUUUGCAGCUCAGACUCACGUUGGCAAUUUUUUCUACAACCCGUUGGAGUUCACUAGAAGCAACGUCUAUGGAACUCAUGCUCUGCUUGAGGUCUGCAAGGGCUCCGAUCUAAUAAAGAGAUUUAUCCACGCUAGCACAGGCGAAGUUUAUGGGGAGACCGAUGAUAAUGCCAUCGAAGAUUCCAUGCUCCUCUCUACGAACCCUUGUUCGGCCAUCAAAGUCUGCGCUGAACAGCUUGUAAUGGCUUAUGGAAGUACCUAUGGCCUAUCAGUCAUAAUCACCCGUAUUAAUAAUGUGUAUGGACCGAAUCAAUUUCCCGAAAAGCUGAUUCCAAAGUUCAUACUUCUGGCAAUGAGAGGUCAAACUUCCCUACAGUUGGGUCUCAGAAUAGAU